AUGACUGGCUGGUUCUCGUCUGCCUCGCCGCUCGAUGAGCAGAUCGAGCGAGCGACGGGCUCCUCGCUAGAGGAUAUUGCGCUCAACCUCGAGAUAUCUGACAUGGUGCGAUCGAAGAGCGUUCAGCCCAAAGAGGCUAUGCGUUCCUUGAAGCGUCGUCUAGAGAACCGAAACCCGAACAUUCAACUGGCGACAUUGAAGUUGACCGAUACCUGUGUCAAAAAUGGUGGCACCCACUUCCUGGCCGAAAUAGCGUCGCGUGAAUUCAUGGAUAAUCUAGUGUCGCUCUUGAAGUCCGAAGGCGCGCCGCUCAACCCGGAUGUGCAACGCAAGAUCUUGGAACUUGUGCAAAACUGGGCCAUGGCAUCCCAGGGUAGGAUGGACUUGGCGUAUCUGGGGGAAACCUACCGCAAGCUCCAGAGCGAAGGAUUUCAAUUUCCACCAAAGACAGAGAUGAGUGGGUCGAUGCUGGAGAGUAAUGCUCCGCCGGAGUGGAUCGACUCCGAUGUCUGCAUGCGCUGUCGGACCGCCUUCAGUUUCAUGAACAGGAAGCAUCAUUGUCGAAACUGCGGAAACGUAUUCGAUCAGCAAUGUUCAAGCAAAGUGCUCCCACUCCCACAUCUUGGAAUUCUUCAACCUGUGCGAGUCGAUGACGGUUGUUAUACCAAGCUCACAUCGAAGUCACAUGCCCCAGCGGGCCUGUCGGAUCGAUCGGCGUUUAAGAAUCAUUCAAUCACCAAGUCAAACUCUAUGGAGCCCCGGGGUGCCAAGGCGGACACGAGCUUCGAUGAUGAUUUAAGGCGAGCACUGCAGAUGAGUCUCGAGGAAGCUGAAGGCAGAGGUCCAACAGGCUUUGUGCCCCAGACUGGCAACGCACCCCAAACCAUCACACAAACUUCUACAUCGGCACAGGCACCUUCGAAUGAUGAAGAGGAUGACGCCGAUCUGAAGGCUGCAAUUGCAGCGUCGCUUCGGGACAUGGAAGAACAUAAGCAGAAGCAUGCAGCUACUUUGAAAAGCAAUUCUCCACCUUCCGCAAAUUUCCAGGAUUCAUCCGAUUCUGCCCCGCUCACCAAGAACCCGUACGAGCUGAGUGCCGUUGAAGCAGAGAAUAUUCAUUUAUUUGCGACCCUCGUGGAUCGUCUGCAGCACCAGCCGCCAGGGACUAUUCUUCGCGAGCCGCAAAUUCAAGAAUUGUACGAGAGCAUCGGCACACUCCGACCCAAGCUGGCACGGAGUUAUGGUGAAACAAUGAGCAAGCACGACACACUUCUUGACCUUCACUCGAAGCUCUCUACUGUCGUUCGCUAUUAUGAUAGAAUGCUAGAAGAGCGUUUAUCUAGUGCUUAUUCUCAACAUACGCUUGGCUAUGGCGGUGCUGCUGGUACUGCACCAUACCCUGCAAUGCCUCACAUGGCCGCUCAUGCGCCCGACUUACAAGCUGGUGCCGAGAACUUCUACUACAGCGGCGCUGCCGAGCCGUCUGCAGUAAGCGCCCAAGCUUAUGGACCGGCAGCUCACAACAAUUGGAGUCAAAACCCAUACCCUUCUCUCGGAUCGGCUCAACCACAUAGCAGUGCGGCGUCCAACAAUCAAACAGCUCCAGCACCGGCCGGUGCUUCUCAGUACUACGCCCCCCACCCAGAGCCAGAGCAGACCCAAUCUUACUAUACUGAACCUACUCAUCAUUCCUCUCCAGCGCCGCGGUCUGACUCUCAGUAUCCGCCCAACGCAGGGUUCGCCCCUAGUGCGCCUGGUAUCUAUUCUACCGAAGCAAUUCAAUCUCCUCCCCACGCGGGCGCCGCUCCUGAAGCUAGCCAAAAUGCAGCCGGGGCACCUCCUCAUUCCUACUAUCACGUCCCUCAGCAAGCCGGGGCAGCAUCUUCGGGGUACCCUCACGUCGGCGCGGGUCAGCCGGGUGCGUACCCGAACGGUACCCCAACACAACUUGCUCCCUCACACCCUCCACCCCAGCCUGUGGAAGAGAGCUUGAUUGAGCUCUAG